AUGUUCACCAAGCAGUCCCUCGUGACCCUCCUCGGAGGUCUUUCUCUGGCUGUGGCCCAGACCACCACGGAGGAAUACCCCUCCUUGGCUGAGAUUCGUGCUGCACAGGCUACCGUGCAGCCUUACUCUCCCGUUUCGAAUGUCAAGGGACUGGCGUUCAAUCGCUUUGUGAACAUCUGGCUGGAGAACACCGAUUUUGAUGCUGCUGCUGCCACAGAGCAUCUGCCGGUGCUGGCCAAGAAGGGUCUCCUUUUGAACAACUUCUGGGCUGUUACUCACCCUUCGGAGCCGAACUACUGCGCAUCUGCUGCUGGUGACACUUUCGGCAUGGACAAUGAUGACUUCCAUCAGAUUCCUUCCAACGUUUCUACCAUAGCCGAUUUGUUCGAUACCAAGAACAUCGCCUGGGGUGAAUACCAGGAAGGCCUCCCCUACCCUGGGUACCAGGGUUACCGCUACCCCGAGAGCGGUGCCAACGACUAUGUUCGCAAGCACAAUCCUCUGAUCCUGUUUGACUCGGUCACCGAAGAUGCUCUCCGUCUGCGCCAAAUCAAGAACUUCAGUAGCUUCUACGAUGAUCUGGAAAACCACCGUCUUCCGCAGUACAUGUUCAUCACCCCCAACAUGACGAACGAUGGCCACGACACCAACAUCACAUUUUCCGGUGACUGGACUUGGAGCUUCCUAUCCGAGCUUCUGGAGAACGAUUACUUCACCAAGGACACACUUAUUAUGCUCACCUUUGAUGAGACCGGCACCUAUGAAAUCGGUAACAACAUCUACACCUUCCUUCUCGGCGGCGCCGUCCCGGAUGAUCUUCUGGGUACCAAGGAUGACACCUUCUACACCCACUAUUCCGUUAUCGCUUCCCUGUCUGCCAACUGGGGCCUCCCCUCCCUGGGUCGCUGGGACUGUGGUGCGAACCUCUUCAGCUGGCUGGCCAAGAAGACCGGCUAUGUUAACUAUGAGGUUGAUACGAGCAACUUGUAUAUGAACGAGACUCACUGGGGUCCUCUGUCCGAUGAUGACUACAGCGAGUACUACGCUGGCUGGCCUGUUCCCACAACUGAUGCCAGCUGCUCUGCUGGCAACGGAAUCCUUUCUACAGUCAAGAAGACCUACGAGGGCUUGACUGCCACCUUCAACUACACCACCCCCUUUCCCUACGACUCUCGCAGCGGAAACAAUGUCGGUGUGAAGUACAGCCGUACCCUGAAGAAUGGCAAGGUCGAGUCCGGUACUUCCGAGUAAGCUGACGCGUCGACAUAUUUGGCCGGGAGGAUAAUAAAUGGAAUGUGGACCCAUGAAUCUGAU